UAUUACUCAUCACACCAAUCCAAAAAUUCUCUCAAGCCCUAAUUCCAUCUUCUUCUACUUCAACAAUAUUCCAUAAGUUUUUAUUUAAUAUUUGCUCUAAUCAUGGGUAAAAUUCAUCCAGAAAAUAUAUCUUCACCUUCUUCAACAUCUUCUUGUUCAUCUCCUUAUGUUACAUCUAAUAGAGAAACUUUUACUAUAUGGAUGAAAUCACUAGUUUUUCAUGGGAAUGGAUGUACUGUUUUUAAUUCCAAAGGUGAACUUUGUUUUAGAGUUGACAAUUAUCAAGAAAGAUGUUGCAAUGAAGUUUUUCUCAUGGAUCUUAAUGGACAAGUUCUCUUCUCCAUCAAAAAAGAGAAAUUGAGAGUUUUUGGUAGAUGGAAUGGAUAUUUAUGUGGUGGAUUUAAAGGGAGGCCAUGGUUUCAAGUGAGAAAGAAUUGCACAUUUACAAGAGGAAAUGUCAUAUGUAAUGUGAAUUUGGGCAAUGAAAAAUCAAUUGAAAAUUGCUACAAGAUUCAAAAAUUGGACAAGAAAUCAUCAUUUAAAGUUACAAAUAGUACUGGAGAAAUUGUUGCUGAGUUAAAACAAAAACAAUCUUCAAGAGGAUUUGCAUAUGGAGAUGAUGUGUUAACUCUAGAAGUGGAACCCCAAGUUGAUCAGUCACUAAUUAUGGCAUUAGUGACAGUUUGUGGCUUAAUUAGUCGAAAAUUAUGAUCAAGAAACCAUAUGAAGAAUUCAAGAAUUAUAUAUAUAGAACCACCAUUCUGACUUUAGGAUGUGUUGUGUGCAUUUUGAUUUCUAUUUGUAAAUUUGUAUAGGACAAAUUAAAAGAUGAAAUUAAAUACUUUAGUUUACAUUUCGUUUUCAUUUCUUCUUGUAGAAAUCUUGAAAUUUUGUUAUAAUGAGUAAUUCAAAAGGUACUAAUCUUACCUUUCUUGAA